GCUUACCUAGAAAUAAUGAACUAUUUACAAAUAAUAAAUCACCUAUGAAUGAUAAAUUACCUAUGAAUGAUGAAUUGUCUAUGAAUGAUGAAUCACCUACAAAUGAUGAAUCACCUACAAAUAAUAAAUCCACUAUAAAUGAUAAAUUGCCUAUAAAUAAUAAACCUUCUAAAGAUGAAGAAAGCACAAAAACAAAAAAAAGAAAAAAGCAAGAUAAUUAUAGUAUUGAAUGGGACUAUUUUAAAACUAAAGAAAUAAAAAAAAAAAUAUGCUUGGCUACCUUUGGUCCAAGUAUCAAAUUGAUAAAGAUCAUCCUGAUGGAAUGA